GCUCCAUAACAUGGCUGCUGCUGGUGUACGCUGAGAGCUCGCGCUGAGACUUGCUUUUUUGGAGAGGACAGCGUUUCCGAGGGGACGCGGGCCUCGCCCGGGACUGGGCCACAGACCUGAAUGUUCUGAGGACCUGCGGGACGGUCUGGUUUUACCGCUGCAGGCGGAGGACCGAGGCUGCAUCCGCCCAGUGGCACCCGCCUGCAGCUCGUUCGGGCCGACGGGCGUCCGGCCGGCUCGGGCCAUCGGCGGAGCAUGUUGAGUGUUUGUGGUUGCCAUGGAGACGCAGGAUAAGAAGUGGAAGGAGGACGUGGUUCCGCUGGGGCUCUCCACUGGCCAGGCUCUGGUCAAGCUCCGGGACCAGCUGAGCAGCCUGCUGGACCAGCACCAGAGGAAGGCCCGCAGACGGGCCUCAGUGCCGGAGCAGCUGGUCAACAGCUUCCUGUACCAUGGGAACCGUCACUCCUGCCUGCACUGGCCCGGGGCGGCCCUCACCCUGCUGGUCAUCCUGGGACUGGUCUGUUGCCACGGCAGCCAGCCGAAGGGCAGCUCCGGCAUCGAGCUGAUCAACGCCGCGGCGCUGCUGCUGCUCUUCCUGCUCAACCUGCUGCUGGUCGGCCGCCAGGAGAAGCUGAAGCGGAGCGAGAUGGUGCGGCGGCUGAAAGGCAUCAUCUCCCAGCUGAGCGACUACCUGUCGGGCUGUGUGGGGGACGUCCGCUGGCCCGCGUCCUCCUACCCCGACCUCUACACGCCCCCGUCCCCGUCCUGGUCCCUCCACUGGACCUACAGGGACUCCCAGCUGGUCAACCUGCCCGUCAGCCUGCUGGUGGAGGGAGACGUCAUCGCCCUGAGGCCGGGCCAGGAGGCCUUCGUGUCCCUGCGGGGGAUCAAGGACGACGAGCACAUCGUGUUGGAGCCGGGUGACCUGUUCCCGCCCUUCUCCCCUCCCCCGUCCCCACGAGCCAAUGAGAAGAGAGGACCGCAGAGCCCCCAGCAGCACCGGCUCUUCAGGGUGGUCCGGACCCCCGUCCUGGACAUGGUCAGGAACAGCCUGGACUCGGCUCUGUCUCGGCCAAUCACGGUCCUGAGCAACGAGAGGUUCACCGUGCAGUCGGUCAUCACCAAGGUGGUCUGUCCCGUGGUGCUGGUGGCCUUCCUGCUUGUGAACACGGUCCGGUUCUUCUGCGACGCUCCCAACCUCACCCCCGUCUGCUACAACUUCUUCCAGCUGCAGGUGAUGGGGGUCCUGCCCGUCCUGCCGCUGCUCUUCCCGGUCAUGUGGGUUCUGGUCAAUGCCUUCGGAGAGGCCCGGGUCCUGGCUGAGUUGAGCCGGGCGUCACCAGCUGGCCUGCUUGCUAAGUUCUCUGAAGACACUCUCAGCAGCUACACUGAGGUGGUUUCCUCCCAGGAGAUGCUGCGCUGUGUGUGGAGACACCUGCUGGGCAUCCUGAGAGGAGACUCCCAGACGCUGUGCUACACCUCCAGCCUGCUGCACACGCUGGGAUCGGUCACCGUCCUGUGCUGUGUGGACAAGCAGGGCAUCCUGUCCUGGCCCAACCCCAGUCCAGAGACCGUGCUGUUCUUCAGCGGGAGGGUGGAACCGCCUCACAACAGCCAGGACGACCUGAGAGACGACCUGUCCGUCAACUCCUACUGCCGAAUGGAGCCCGAGGACGAGCGGGAGGAGGCCCAGGAAGGCGAGGCCCUGCUGUGCCUACCCUCGGAGACCAGCAUCCAGCCGGGGGAGGGGCCCGAGCCCAGCGAGACGUCCCACGACACGGCCCGGUCGUCCGACACGCUGCAGCCGCGGCGCGCCGGCCAGACGCCGCACACCCGGACCAAACACCACUCCGGGUCCAACGUGAGCUUCAGCCACGACACCGAGGGCGGCGAGGACGACCAGCUGCAGGACCUGGCCCUGGGCUGCCCGGACGCCGAGGCGGACGACUUCGUGUGCGACUACCACCUGGAGAUGCUGAGCCUGUCUCAGGACCAGCAGAACCCGGCCAGCAUCCAGUUCGACGACCUGUCCUGGCAGUGCCACCUGCCCUCCCUCAAGCCGCUGGGCCUCAACAUCAUGCUCAACCUGUGCAACGCCAGCGUCACCCAGCAGCUGUGCCGCUUCUCCGACCACCUGUCCAACCUGGCGCUGCAGGAGAGCCACGGCACCGUGCUGCCUGUCUACGUCCCCUGGGGGCUCUGCGAGCUCUCCAGGCUCAUCGGGUUCACCCCCGGCGCCAGGGAGCUGUUCAAACAGGAGAACCACCUGGCCCUGUACCAGCUGCCGUCCGGAGAGAAGACCAAGGAGUUCUCGUCCCGCCGCCUUCACUACUUCACCAAGCGCCAGCCGCCCAUCUCCCACCUCAUCUCCCUGUUUGUCAGGGACUCGUCCUCCAAUAACGUCCAGAUGCUGUCGCACGGUUCUGCAGACCUCAUCCUGGAGGCCUGCACGGACUUCUGGGACGGGACGGACAUCUACCCUCUGUCGGGAUCCGACAGGAAGAAGGUUCUGGACUUCUACCAGCGUGCCUGCCUGUCGGGCUACUGCUCCGCCUUCGCCUACAAGCCGAUGCAGGUGUCCCUGUCCAGCCAGCUGGACGGGAAGUGCGUGGAGCUGGCCCCGGGCCCCUGCCUGUUCUCCGGGGUGGAGCUGCCCUCCACCACCCCCAUCAAGCACGGCUCCUGCAGGAACAGCUGGAGCUCCGACGAGGGCAUCGGCGAGGGCGCGGAGCGGGACGACUGCGUCCACGCCCUGAGCGGGCAGAUCUUCAUGGGCAUGGUGUCGUCCCAGUUCCAGGCGCGGCUGGACACGGUGCGCCUCAUCGACGCCCUGGUCACCGCCUGCAUCCGCUUCGUCUACUUCUCCAUGGAGGACGAGCUCCGCAGCAAGGUGUUUGCGGAGAAGAUGGGUCUGGAGACGGGCUGGAACUGCCACAUCUCUCUGACUCCGAACGGGGACAGUCCCUGCGACGGCGCCCCGUCCAGCCCCAGUCAGGGUUCCCUGCACGAAGACAUCCACCCAGACUCCCGGGACGAGGCGGAGGGCCCGCUGCUGCCGGAGGAGGAGGCGCACUCCGACCUGGUCAGCUUCCAGCCCACCGACAGCGACGUGCCCAGCUUCCUGGAGGACUGCAACCGGGCCAAGUUGCCUCGAGGGAUCCACCAGGUGCGUCCCCACCUGAAGAACAUCGACAACGUGCCUCUGCUGGUGCCGCUCUUCACCGACUGCACCCCCGACACCAUGUGUGAGAUGAUCAAGAUCAUGCAGGAGAACCGAGAGGUCACCUGCUGCCUGGGGAGCUCCGCCAACUUCCGUAACAGCGGCCUGUUCCUGCAGAGCGACCUCAGCAUCGCUCUGGACCCUCUGUACCCGUCCCAGUGCUCCUGGGAAACGUUCGGCUACGCCGGAGGAGGCGGGGGAGGCGGCGGCGGAGGGGGAGGGGGGUUCGGCGGGGAGGGGGAGGGGCUGUCGCCGCUCCGGCUGUCGGGGCAGCUCAACAGUCUGGGCUGCUCCGUCACCUUCCACCAGGGGGAGAGCGUCAGCAUGGUGAAGCUCAUCGAGCAGGCACGACACACAAUCUACGGUAUCCGCAAGUGCUUCCUGUUCCUGCUGCAGUGUCAGCUCAGUCUGGUCAUCAUCCAGUUCCUGGCCUGUCUGGCUCAGCUUCCUCCACCCAUGAACACCACUGACAUCCUGUGGGUGUCGUGCUUCAGCUGCCCCCUGCUCAGCGUGUCUCUCCUGGGGAAGCCUCCGGACAGUUCGGUCAUGAACGUCGCCACGGGGAAGAACCUGGACGCCAUCCCGAGGAAGACCCAGAACUACUUCCUGGGCUGCUUCCUGCUGAAGUUCGGCCUGACCAUGUGUGCCUACCUGCUGGCGUUUGGCUUCACGCUCCAGGCCGUCUGCCCCUCAGGCUCCGCCCUCCCCUUCCCCGACAACUCCUCCGUCUCCUGCGGCUGCCUCUUCACCGCCAGCUCCUCGGAUCAGGCCCUCCACUGGUUCUCGGAGCUCUCCAACGGCCUGCUGCUCACCCAGAAGGUCAUGUCGUGCUUCCUGGUCCUCCACACAGUGGUCAUCUCGCUGAGCUACGUUCACCGCUCGCAGCCCCUGUGGAGGAAGAGUCCGUUCAGCAACACGUGGUGGUGCCUCACCGUCCCCGUGGUACUGGUCAGCCAGGUGGUUCAGGCCACCGUGGACUAUCAGCUGUGGCACGACGAGCGCAGCCUGCUGACCUUCGACCUGCGCCGCAUCCCGCUGGAGGCCUGGCUGCUGGCGUCGCUGUCCCCGCUGCUGGUGGUGGUGGUGAACGAGGCGGUGAAGCUGCACGAGAUACGGGUGCGAGUUCGAUACCAGAAGAGGCAGAAGCUGCAGUUUGAGACCAAGCUGGGCAUGAACUCUCCGUUCUGAGGCGAGGGGUCUCCGGUCCUGGUCCUGAGGAACUGGUCAGGACAGGUGGUGCAGAGACUUGAAGGUCGCCCUUCAGAUCUGAGUCCACCUCAGGUCCAGGUGAAAGACCUCCUUUCCAGACCAGAAGGAUCCGUUUCCACUGAGAAGAGCUAUUUAUUGCCUGGUUUUAGUUUUCGAGGCAUGAAGAAUGUUUGAAGGUUUUCUGUUCUCCGUCACUCUGAGAGUCCUGCAUGCUCGCUCCUCCUCCUCGGGGCGGGGGUCCCAACGUCAUCCAGACCCCCGGCAGUGUGGGAAACCCCAAAACCACACCCUUCAAACACGUUAACGUCACGUCCCAGUCCAGGUCCUGGAGGUGCUCCGGUCCAGGUCCUGGUCCUGCAGGUUUUACCUGGUGAGGCUCUCCUGGUCAGUGAUGGCCUGGUGGUCCAGCAGGACACGUGAACCCUGCAGAACCGGGUCAGAGCCUGCAGCUUUAGGACCAUGAACCCUGAAGGUGCAGCCGUCAAACAAGAAUUUUACCACAUUUUAGAACUCCAAAAAACAGAUUUUAUUCAGAUUUUUUUAUUAGAUUAGUUUUCCGACACGUCAGAUUUUCUGUUUUUAUUCCACAUCAUCGUUUCCUGUAACGGUCCGGUCGCUGCUUCCCACUGAAUCAGAUGAAUUCUCUAAAUUCCCACGAGCUGCAGUGACGAAACGGAAUACGUUCUUCCUGUGACCUGUGACCUCUGUAGGACCAAAACACACUGGAACUCUGAACCAGAGUCUUUGGAAGCUGCUGCUCCGCUCGGCGUUAUUCCACUCCUCCCCACUAGAUGGUGUCUUGAGUCCUUUUAGACCUUUAUUUUAAAUUUCUUCUCAAAUUUUGAAGUCAGCACGCUGUUUGCUAAUUCAGAGUGGGUCCAGCAUCUCCUCUGGGCGGUAUGUCGCACCUGAGUGGGAGUCGGAUCUGUUCUUUAUGUCCGAAGGGUUAGGGUGUGUUUCUAGUUCCAGGCAGGAUGUUUUGAUUCUAAAGAGGUCCUCCAGAGGAAGAUACUCGUGGCCUCACGGUCGGCUCUGCGUUCACUGCUCAUGUGCUGAUUGGCAGUAAAAAGGGCGACGCCACUGUGGAAAAACAGAAAAUAUCGAACUCUUGGGGUUCCACACAGGGUCAGAUGUAGCCUCUACCUCUCGGAGAGCCAUGUGACUGGAGCUCCAUCCUGAGCCGAGCCUCCGUCAGACCUGCUGGAACAAACACUGGGAGGCCCGAACGCCACGAGGCUGUCCGCCAUCGUACGUUUCUGAAAACCGCUGACGGGUCCGACAUUCCUGAAUCUCUAAACUGCUACUACCAGUGGGAAAACAUUUAGCUGUUGAAACUUAGCAUUAGAUCAGAGACUACACUGACAGAGAGCCAUAUGUGGCUGGAAUGAUUCCAUUUUUAAAGGUGAUCCCAAUAAAACGGUUCAGUUUGCUUUCGCUAAAAAGGAUCUUUCUCUUAAAAUUAGCUCAUAUCUUUGCUCACGUGAUGCAUUUUUCUGCUUCGGUAAACAAAGAAUCUUUUUGGAUUAAAGUCCGUCUGUUCAUCCAUCCAGCCCAAAACUGAUUUGACGGUUUCUAAAUAUCACCCGUUAUAAAUGCUGUGGCCACUAGAGGGCGGGCUCUGCUCCACUGGCGGGCCGUUGUUCUCUGGUUUUCAGAAAGAUACGAUGGCGACAUGUUGGUGUGAGCUGCUCUUUUCCUACGCACACGUCUUUAAAGCUCCGCCCACAGGCUGGCUAAGGCUGGUUUUCGAUGACUCGGUUCUGUCAAAUCUCACACACUGUACCUUUAAACGCCGUGAAGCCGUACUGAUCACCAAAGGGCCUGCGAUGGUUUCCGUCUGUCCUUCAUGCCGUUCCUUAGCUUUGAUUUCUGCCAUGACAAACAUGGACGAUGCUGCAUGAGAACAAUCCAGUGAAUGUUCACGUUCUGUACAGUUCCACGGUGCUCGCACUCGGACGCAGUCAGCAUGGAUCCCGUGUGUUAGCGAGCUAACGCUAGCAGCUGGAGGCGGGU